UCGUUUUAUGCGAAAUAGAUAUAUAUUAUUUCCAGAAAUUAUUUAUAUAAAUACAUAUAUAAUAUUUAUAUCAGUAAACUACUAAAUUAAAUUAAAAAUAAUUUAAAUCUGAUACUCGUUGGGCGCUAAUUUGAAUCAAUUAUGUGAUUCAUUUAUAUAAAUGCGUACUUUGUUCGAUUGUGCGGUUAUGUUGUGUGUAGUUCACUUAUUCGUGCUAUUGUAAUUGGUGAACAACACGUGCGUUCAUUGUGUAUUGUGAGCUAUUUAAAAUAUAAACAAAUUUAAUAUGCCACAAGGAAAAUUAAAAGUUAAAACAAAACUUCCGCCAUCGGCUAAGACAAAAGCGAACAAACAAAAGAAGGGACCUACAAUACAACGUCGCGGAAAUGCACCUAUUCAACCUAAAAACGCAAAAUUUAAAGAAGUACAUAAAUUGAAGAAGAUAAUUACUAAGACUGUGAAUAAUGCUAUAGAAGAUGAACUUAGAGAAAGGGCUUUGGAAGGGAAAAAAUCUCUUACAAAAAAGGAUAAACAAAUUAACCUGAAAACUUAAUUAUUACUCGCAUAUUACAUGUAGUAUCAAAAUCUUGAUUACAAGUUUAUUUAAUGUAAUCAAUGACUUAAUUUAACACUUUAUUAUCAUGCUUUGAAUUGUGGUUCAAUAUAAACUUGUAUAUAAAAAAAUAGAUUGAUAUAGUCUAAACGUUUUACUGUUAUGAUAACAGAUUGAUAAGAACAAUAAUGUACAUGGAAAUAUCAUAUAAUUACCAAUAAAUAUUUUUUUAAUAGCAA